AAUCCCUUAAACCUUCCGCGCGCUUCCGCCUUCAACCUAGCAACGCCGUAUGACACGGAAGGCCCCGCCCCCUCCCGCGCGCGCCUCCCGGAAGUUGCCGGUCUGGAGCUGGGCGCCAGGCUCCGCGCSGUCCCUGGCUGUGUUGUGGAGGAGUGUCUGAGCUAGAGCUUCUGGCCUGGUUUAGAGCGUUCGAGCAGGGGCUUGGGUCGCACAUUCACGUGCACAGCGCGAACCCGGACCUGGUGACKAUGGCGGGAACGCAGCCCCUGGCCCUGCAACUGGAACAGUUGUUGAAUCCGCGACCGCGAGAGGCGGAUCCUGAGGCCGACCCGGAGGAGGCCACUGCUGCCARAGUGAUUGACAGGUUUGAUGAAGGGGAAGAUGGAGAAGGUGAUUUCCAGGCAGUGGGUAGUAUUAGAAAACUGGCAUCAACCUCCCUAUUGGACACAGACAAAAGAUAUUCUGGCAAGACUACUUCUAGAAAAGCUUGGAAGGAAGACCAUUGGGAGCYGACUUUGUCAGGUUCAUCUGAUGAUGAAAUACCUGAGGAAGGGUCUGGAGAUGGAGAUUCAGAGGGACUGGGUCUUGAGGAAUCAGAUGAGGGUGACGCCAGUACUGCUGAGGAACAAGAUUCUGCGGACGAUGGGGAGAGCAGCCUGGCAGGUUGGAAGAAGAAUAGAAGCCUCUCUGCAGAAACACCAGGCUUCAGUUUCCAGAGCAUUAGUGACUUUGAGAAAUUUGCCAAGGGAAUGGAUGACCUUGGGAGCAGUGAGGAGGAAGAAGAUGAAGAGAGUGGCAUGGAAGAAGGUGACGGCGAGGAAGACGGGGAGGAUGAGAGUGAGGAAGACAGGGCUGGAGACAAGAGCAGUGAAGAUGAUGGUGUGGUGAUGACCUUCUCCAGCGUCAAGGUUUCUGAGGAAGUGGAGAAAGGAAGAGCAGUGAAAAAUCAGAUAGCACUGUGGGACCAGCUCUUGGAAGGAAGGAUCAAACUACAAAAAGCUCUGUUGACAACCAAUCAGCUGCCUCAACCAGAUGUUUUUCCUGUUUUCAAGGACAAAGGUGGCCCAGAGUUUGCCAGCGCCUUAAAAAAUAGUCACAAAGCCCUUAAAGCAUUGUUGAGGUCAUUGGUAGAUCUUCAGGAAGAGUUACUUUUCCAGUAUCCAGACACUAGACAUCUAGUAGAUGGGACRAAACCCAAAGAGGAAAGUGAGGAGAUUUCUAGUGAAGAUGAUGAGCUUGUGGAAGAAAAGAAGCAGAGAAAGGCCCCACCGAAGAGGAAGCUGGAGAUGGAUGACUAUCCCAGCUUCAUGGCAAAGCGUUUUGCUGACUUCACAGUCUAUAGGAACCGGACACUGCAGAAGUGGCACGAUAAAAUGAAGCUGGCUUCGGGAAAAUUGGGGAAGGGUUUUGGUGCCUUUGAACGCUCAAUCUUGACUCAGAUCGAUCAUAUUCUGAUGGACAAAGAAAGAUUACUUCGAAGAACACAGACCAAGCGGUCUGUCUACCGAGUUCUUGGCAAACCUGAACCAGUAGCUCAACCUGUCCCAGAGAAUUUGCCAGGAGAACCGGAGAUCCUUCCUCAAGUCCCUGCCAAUGCUCACCUGAAGGACAUGGAUGAAGAAAUCUUUGAUGAUGAUGACUUUUACCACCAGCUCCUUCGAGAACUCAUAGAACGAAAGACCAGCUCCUUGGAUCCCAAUGAUCAGGUGGCCAUGGGAAGGCAGUGGCUUGCAAUCCAGAAGCUACGAAGCAAAAUCCACAAGAAAGUAGACAGGAAAGCCAGCAAAGGAAGGAAACUUCGAUUUCAUGUCCUUAGCAAGCUCCUGAGCUUCAUGGCACCUAUUGACCAUACUACAAUGAAUGAUGAUGCCAGGACAGAGUUGUAUCGAUCUCUUUUUGGCCAGCUCAACCCUCCUGACGCUGGCCUUGGGGAUUGACGUGGUCGCUGUCUCCUUUGCCCUGGGCCUCCCUGCACCCCGCCAGUCCUGCCRGCUGCUCACCCAGGAGGCAGCUGUGAUUCCAUGGGGCUGAGCUGCCAGGGAAUCCCUGGGAAGGUGCUCUGCCAGGAACGUGUGCCUAGUGCCUGCAAGGGCACCUCCCCGUGUCCUUUAACCAUCACAAAUAAAGAYUAUUGUCACUGCU